CACUGGGGAACAGGACAGGAGGUCUGGUUUAGUGGGGGCGUGUGUCCUCAGCAGCACCCACCCUGCCAGCUCCCGAUACCCACCUGUGCCCGUACCUCAUCCCGGCGAAGCAGCCACAGCCGCCUUCCCGGACACGUCCAGCACACCGGACCCAGCCACUGGCAGAGCCCAUAUUCCCACGCUGAGCCGCCCUGUGCCCCACUGGUGCCAGGGGAUGCCGGGAUGCCGGUGCCCGCGUGCCCGCAGCGCCCGGCCCUGAGCCCGGAGCCCGGCUGUGCCAUGGAGGAUCCGCCCGGCACCAGGACCGAGGCGUGGGCCGAGGGGCUCCACAACGCCAACAACAACGCGUCCCCGGGGGGGUGGCCGGGUGCCCGCGGUGGGCACCCCCUGGCAGCUUUCGGGGGUCCCGGGGCCAAGCCCAGCUACCUGGACCGCGUGGUGCAGGAGAUCGUGGAGUCAGAGCGCACCUACGCCCGUGACCUGCGCAGCAUCGUGGAGGGUUACCUGGGCAAGAUCAUCGACGCGGAGGAGCCGGUGCUGCGACCAGAGCAGGUCAGCGCGCUCUUCGGGAACAUCGAGGACAUCUACGAGCUCAGCAGCACCCUCCUGCAAAACCUGGAGAGCUGCGCCAAUGACCCCGUGGCUGUGGCCGUGUGCUUCGUCACCCGGAGCCAGGAAUUUGCCAUCUACACCCAGUACUGCAACAACUACCCCAGCUCGGUGGCAGCACUGACCGAGUGCAUGAGGAGCAAGGUCCAGGCACGGUUCCUGCGGGAAUGCCAGGAGCAGCUGCGCCAUGCGCUGCCCCUCGGGGCCUACCUGCUUAAGCCUGUCCAGAGGAUCCUCAAGUACCACCUGCUGCUCCAGGAGAUCGCCAGGCACUUUGAGCACAAGGCAGGGGAUGACUACGAACUGGUGCUGGAGGCCAUCGACACCAUGACCUGCGUGGCCUGGUACAUCAAUGACAUGAAGCGCAAGCACGAGCACGCCAUCCGCCAGCAGGAGAUCCAGUCGCUGCUGCUGGGCUGGAAGGGGCCGGACCUGACGAGCUACGGGGAGCUGGUGCUGGAGGGCACAUUUCGGGCACAGCGGGUGCGCCACGACCGUGCCCUCUUCCUCUUCGACAAGGCCCUGCUCAUCACCAAGCGCCGUGGUGACCAUUAUGUCUACAAGAGCCACAUCCCGUGCUCCUCGCUGAUGCUGAUUGAGAGCACGCGGGACUCAUUGUGCUUCAGCCUGGCACACUACAAACACGGCAAGCAGCAGCACAGCCUGCAGGCCAAGAGCGUGGAGGAGAAGCGUGUGUGGACUCACCAUAUCAAGCGGCUCAUCCUGGAGAACCACCACGCCACCAUCCCCCAAAAGGCUAAGGAAGCCAUCCUGGAGAUGGAUCUGUUCUAUCCCCCAGGCCUGCCCCGCUGCAGCCCUGAGCGCCUGAAGAAGAGCUGGUCCUGCCAGCCCCUGGGUGACACUGCCACCGAGCCACUCCAGGGACGCCGGCAGUCUGAGCCCUUCCAGCACCAGGGGCACACGGAGACGCUGCUGGAGCGGCUGCAGGGACACGGGGGGCGCAGGCAGUCGGGUGUGGACCGCGGACGGGAUCAGGGGGCUCGGGGUGCUGAUGAGUUGGGGGACACGGGGAUGAUGCCACUGUCACCUCCCCUCCCCCCAGAGCCCACCAAGCACAACCUGUGGCACCUGGGCGAGCAAGGGCUGAAGGUAAGGCCGGGUGUGGUGGGUUGGGGUGCCCAGUCCCUCCAGCCCUGGCACGGGGCGCUGAGCCCGGCGCUCACCCCCACACAGAACACCGGCAGCGACGGGGCGCUCCUGGAAGUGGGGGAGCCACGCCAGCACCCCAGAGCCUGGGCGGCGGUUGAAGGCAUGGUGGCAGAGGAAGAGGAGGAGGAGGAAGAGGAGACUUUGGGCAAGGACUGCCAGGAGGAGCUGCCAGGGUCUGGAGAUCUGCUGUUGGAGCCCCAGGAGGAGCAGGCUGGGGAACACCCAUGGCUGCUGGAGGGACCCAAGCGGCCGAGCAGCUGGGGGCCAGGGAGCUGUGAGAAGGUCAGUGCGACCCCCCGGCCCCCACCCGGGAGUGCCCAGGGACCCAGCAGCCACACCCCUAACAGCAGUGCUGGGGAGCACCCCAAGGUCCCCAAAUCCCCAUCCCUGGUGGGGACCCUGGCGCUGUCCAGUGGGGACAGGGAACCAGAGCACGCUGCAGAGGAUUUGCAGGUGCUGAGCAGCGAGGAGGAGGAGGAGGAGGAGGAGGAGGAGGGGGAAGGAGCCGCCAGCAUCCUGCCACCCUCAGUGCUGGACCAGGCCAGCGUCAUCGCUGAGCGGUUCGGCGGCGGCAGCAGCUUGUCCCGAAGGAGCAGCCUGGCGCUGGAGGGGACCCUGGGACGCACCCCCAGCCAUGGUGGCAGCACCCUCAGUCUGGAUGGAGGCCCCCAGCUCGAAUCCACGGAGCCCGGGGAGUCCCACAGUGCCAUCCCCUCGCCCGAGCCCUUCAUCAGAGCCCGCCGGGAAUCGCUGCUCUCCAACCGGGACCGCCUGCUCCUCGACAAGAUCAAGAGCUACUAUGGCCAUGCCGAACACCGUGAUGCCGGUUUUGGGGUGCGCCGCCGCGAGAGCCUCUCCUUCAUCCCUAAGGGGCUGGUGCGGAGCUCCGUGUGCCGCCUCAAUGGGCUCCCACGGCCCCCCGAGAGCCCUGAGCCCCCCACCCAGCCCGAGGCACCAGAGCUGUGCCAGGAGAACGGGGCACAGCCCCCUGAGCCGCUGCUCAUCCUGGAGGACGAUGACGUGGGCACUGCGGUGUCACCCCCAGGGCCACCCCCGCAGCUGCUACUGACACCCCCUCAUCUGGGCACCAAGGUGUACCAGCUGGCACGGCAGUACAGCCUCCGCAUCAAGAGCCGCCGGGCUGGCACCCGCCGCCCCCCGCUGCCGCCGCAGGAGGAUGGGGACCCCCCCCCCAGCACCCCUUCGCUGGCUGUGCCGCAGGAUGAGGCACUGGUGGCGUCCCCGUCCCCACGUGCCCCCCGCAGCCCCUCGAGCCCCGUGGGCGCCGAACCCUUUGCCUGGCCCGAUGUGCGGGAGCUCCGUGCCCGUUUCGGUGCCCCGCGGCCGCCGCUGGUGAGCCGCAGCCGCUCGGCGCCUGAGGGUCCUGGCCGCGGUGGGCGUCCGGCCGGGAAGGAGCGGGGCAGCGGCCGGAGCCGCAGCGCUGAGGCCAACGGGGGCUCCAACACCCCGAGCCCGGCGCCAGCGCGGUACAGCAGUGACGGGGCGCUGUGGGUGGCCGCUGAAGCCCCCCUGGGUCCGGGGCAGCGGGUGCUGGUGCUGGAGCGGCUGCCAGAGCCCCCGGCCUAUGUGCAGAUCCGCUCGCCCACCACGCGGGAGAAGAUCUGCCUGAAGGCGGUCGUGGAGCGCUGCAAAGCCUACCAGGCUUCCGAGGAGUACCGGCGGCGCUGCCCCGAGACCCCCGGCAGCCCCGAGCCGCUGCGCCACGGCCUCGUCAGGGACCUGCGGCAGAAGUUUCAGACCCUCGACGCUGCCAGCUAGGGGCAGGAAUGGGUAGAACGGGUGUCCUAUGGACUCCAAGGGAAGGAGCACCCCGUGGACCCCCAACCUUCCUGGGAGAAGGGGCACCACAUGGACCUCAAGUCUAGUUGGAAGAAGGGUCACCCCAUGGAUCCUCAACCUGCCUGGGAGAAAGGGAACCAAAUGGACCUCCAACUUACCUGGAAGAAGGAGCACCCCAUGGACACCCAGCUUGUCCAAGAGAAGGGGCACCCCAUGGACCCAUGAUGUACCUGGAAGAAGGGGCACCCCAUGGACUCUUCCAACCCACCUGGCAGAAGGAGCACUCUGGGGACUCCCAGCCUGCUCUGGACAAGGGACACCCCCUUUUCUCUCUGCCCACAGGACCAGGGGCACCCCAAGAACCUCCCGCUACAAGUACCAGAGGCCUCCCCAUGUUCCGCAGGCACCCAGCACUGCACCCGACUUGCUUUCAC